CAGGCAGGGCUUCCUGCAUGGGAUUUCUGGCCUGUUUAUGUCAGAAGCUAGACAAGAUGAUCUUCAAGUUCUUCUAUCUUUAAACUUCCCCUAGGAGCUGUGUCUAAAUCAGCAAUGGGCAGCUGGGCAGGAUCCAGUCCCGGGAAAUCCAUUUUGUGAGUAGCCAAAGGAGCAUUGCUGAGUCCGUGCUGCAUGCAGAGCCAGAAUGGGUCUGGCUGUAGAUCGGUUCCAUGCCACACCUGGCCUGAACCACCUGCCUGUGAAUAAACGUAGCACCAAAUGAGACAAAGUAAGUUUGCUGAGCAAACUUACCCUGUGGUAGUCACGCUGCUCCCAAGUGGAAAGCAGGCCCUGCAGGAAAAACUGGGAUCGUUUGUUAGCCUAAGAUCUCUUUCCCACUCUGCCUGCCUGCCACAGUGAAACAACUGGAAUGAUCUGCUCCAACUUACUAGAAAUGUAAAGCUUAAUUGUUUUGUUUAGAGCAUCAGAGAUUUUCCCUUGGUUAGGGCCAAAUUCUGCCGUUACACCCUAAAUUCUCUUAACAUCAGCACAUUCAGGACGUUCAUAAUUUCUGCUCUAUAUGAUGUGCACAGUACAAGGUAAGGGAGAGUUGGGCCCAAUGGGGCAACAGUUUCACAAUGUAAUUCUGGUGGCCUUAUCCUAAGGAGCAUAGUCAAUGCCUAGAGUCAAGCUGAUGGCAGAAAAAUGUCUGUGAAGGUGAAAUGGCCUUGAGAAGGCAAGAUUCUAUCUAAAUGUAGUUUUGACCCUUGGACUUAUCUGUUCAAGUAUUUGUGUAAUGCAACUUCUGAAUAAAGGAUGUGGUCAAUCUUUCUCAGUAACUGCAAGCUGCGCUUGUCGAGACCUCCAACUCACUUGGCUAUCAAAAGAGCAGUCCCUCAGAGCACUGUCUUUCCCGGUCUGUCAUCUUACUCGUGAAUCUCAACUAGUUUAUUUUGAUGUAGACAGUGAAAUGCCAAGAGUUGUAUUUUACCCCUAUAACAAUCAUGAGAGGAUGCAAGUGCCUGGAGGAUCUUUCUCCUUGGCUCAACGGUUGAUACCAGUGUGGUCAUUGGAAGUCUGUUUCUUUCAGCAGAUCUUCCAUGGCUAAUUAGGAGUACAUUUGUGUCACUGCUUCAAGGGAAACCUCAGGGUCAGCACACUGCGAAGUGCUAGGUCUCACCACUCUGCCAAAUAGAGUCUUCCUGAUGAGAUGGGAAACCAAAGGCCAUAGUGCUCAGGGAGUGUGGUACAAACCAGUAAUGUCACCUUCCAGAUUGAAAGGCAUUUUGAGUUAAUACUUUGCAAUUGAGACUUUGUGAUGUUUCUGUUGGACUGAACAUGUGGGCCCAGAAUCACAGUUAUCAGUACUGCCAGCAUCGCUCCCAGCAAACACGUUCUUGCGAGCAGUGUCAGCUCCCAUUUCUUGGAAGACUUGCUCAAUGAAGCCUCAGCUUCUGGUGACAUGCAGCAAACUUGCAGGAAGGCCUUGUGUGGGAGGUGUCCCUAGGAUGAGCCUGACCCUUAUCUUGCCAGCCAGCUGCAAGGGCAUUAUCCGGGAGCUCAGCUAUGCAGCUGCAAACACUCUUGCACUGGCUGGACUGCCUUAAGACCUUCCUCUUGUGUUGUAAAGCCAGCAAGAAAGCAAGGAUUGAACUACUCUGAGCUCUCACAUCUCCUGUGAAGGACACCAAAUUCACCCAACUUUAGAAACUCGUCCUCAGAACAAACCAACGAAAGACCUGGGCUGUGGUGUCAGUCCUAGAGUGAGUGGUGUCUACUUGCCUGGUCUCCACCUCAUCCAGUCUCACCAGGGGAGUGUUUGCACGUGAAGAUGAACAGUGGAAUUCUCUUGUCCCUUCUUGGCUUCCUUCCACUUGUGAUACCCACAUGCCCUGUGCCAUGCAAGUGUGCCACCAACAUUAUCGACUGCACGUCAAAAGGCCUAACUGUAGCAAAACUACCAGUUGCUUUCCGCCCUUCGGCUGAAAUUAUCCACCUUGGUUACAACAAGCUCACCUCUAUUCCCAAUGGGCUCUUUGACAACCUAAAGAGCCUCCAGGUAGUCCACCUGCAGGGCAACCCUUGGGAAUGCAACUGCGACAUCCUCUACUUGCGCUCCUGGCUCCAGUGGCAGCAAAACCGGACCUUAUACAGGGAUGUGAGAUGUACCUCCCCAGCUCACCUGCAGGACCGAAUCAUUGCCUAUCUGACAGAAGAUGAGAUCAUCUCCACAUGCCAGUACUGGUACUGCAGCCUGGCUCUCCUCUCUCAGCUCUGUCUCUUCAUCCUCCUUUUCCUCCAGGGUAUCUUGGUUAUCUUCAUCAUUGUCUACUUGCAGAAAUUUCGGAGAAUGACCGCUGAAGCCCAAAGCACCACCCAAGAUCUAUACCAGCAUGUAGACACCUGGGCAUCUUCUUCAAGAAGCCCUUACAAUAGCGAUUAACAUCACAAGACUGAAGACCCUGGUCCGCCUUGGGUGAUGCUGUGCCAAGGUGAUGUGUUUUGUGAUAUCCAGAGGGGACAGUGCAGUAUCCAAUCCUGACUGCAGUCCAAAGCGGGGCUUGAAAUGAUCAGACACUUGCUGUAUUUCCUAAGACCUGAUCUUGUGUUUUUUAAUGCUUUAAUCUCUUUAGCAUGAUCUUGAUUGCUUUGCUGAGAUGGGAGUGGUUCUGGUUUGGUAGACUAAGGAAAUCAUAAACUACAGCAAUCAGAACUGACUCAAAGUGCUCAUAAGCUCAUAGGGGCUAUGGUGCUCGAUCCUUCCUAUGCUAGAGAAUUUCAGCCAUACUUUCAAUGAUGCUUCUGGCUGCAUUGGGUCAGGUGAGGACAGAGGUGGACAGUGGACAGUUAAGGUACUGGAUGGACUAGGACAAUGGAGAAAUACAGCUUCCUUGGUGCUACCACUGAUUGCCUUAGUAACUUUGAACAAGUGACUUAGUCUUCUGCCUCAAUUUCCCAUGAGUAAAAGGCAAAGGUUGUUUCUUGUCUGAUGCAUCUUUUCUAAUGUUAUGCUGGGGGAAGGAGGGGGGAAUGUUUAGAAGCCUACCCAUUUUACCUAUCUUCAUUCCUUUUAAUCUGCUUGUAGUUCUAAUACUGACUUCAACAUGUACUGAGUCAGACUGGGGCCCUGAAUGUUUAUGAGAAAUUCACCCUGAAGCCAAGAGUUGUUGAGACCAGAGGCUCUUUCUGACUGUGCUUGUAUGGCACCUGGCACAAGAGAUCUGGUCGUCUUUGGAGCCUCAAACUGCAAAACCCACUAAUGUGCCUACUGCUGAUUAUGAUGUCCCUUAAUUAUUUUUGGAACGAAGCAAAACUGAAAUAAAAUAACGAUGCAUGAUGAUGUAAA